CGUUUCCAUGAACAUGGCUGCCACGAACGCGAGUAUGGAGAAUGAAAAUAGAAAGUGUUCUUCCACGCACGAUAUGGGUAAAGACGCAACAAAGUCAUCUGGAGAUACAAGAAGUGACUCAAAGGAUGAUCCAGUAUUCAAACUUUCAAACAAAAUCGAGGUUCCUGUUUACACACCAGAGAUAGACAUAACAUGGUUGUUUCUAAUUGGCUUGGCUUCUGCACUGAGAUUAUACAAUUUAUCAAAACCUAGCCAUGUAGUUUUCGAUGAGGUGCAUUUUGGAAGAUUUACUUCAUAUUUUAUGCAAAACAGAUUUUUUUUUGAUGUCCACCCUCCUUUGGGGAAGUUACUCUUGGCUUUAGCAGCAUACUUGACUGGUUAUGAUGGCACAUUUGAAUUCAAUGAAAUUGGACAAGUUAUUCCUGCUGAUCAAAUGCAACAUGUUUACUAUUUACGACUAGUACCUGCUAUAUUUGGUAUCCUACUAGUACCAACAGUUUAUGAGAUAAUUCUUGAGCUUGGAUGUUCGUACUGGUUUGCUGUGUUUGGUGGUUUGUUGAUUUGUUUUGAAAAUAUGAUUUUGGUGCAAUCCCGAUUUAUCUUACUUGAUAGUCCAAUGUUGUUCUUCAUUGCAUUUUCAAUCUGCUCCUACAUCAAGUUUGUGAAACAAUAUUACAGGCCAUUUACUUUAUAUUGGUGGAUAUAUUUGAUCUGUUUGGGAGUAUCAAUCACUGCAACAGUCAGUAUCAAAUACAAUGGAUUUCUGACUGUCAUUCUUAUUGGUGGUAUAGCAGCUUUUGAAUUGUGGAUGUUGAUCGGUGAUAUCACAGUACCAGCGAGAUCUGUCUACAAGCAUAUCAUUGCAAGAGGGAUGUGUUUGAUCGUGUUACCAAUGUUAUUGUACCUACUACAGUUUUAUGUAAUGUUUGCUGUGCUAUACAAAUCUGGUCCUCAUGAUAACAUGAUGUCAAGUGCAUUUCAAAGGACUCUGCAUGGUGGACUUGAAGCUAUAACAAAACACCAAGCAGAAGUUGUUUCGUACGGUUCACAAAUAACCCUACGGAACACGCAUUCAAAACAAUGCUGGCUCCAUUCACAUGAAGAUCUAUAUCCUGUCAAAUAUCCUGAUGGGCGUGGUAGCAGUGCGCAGCAACAAGUAACAUGUUAUUCAUUCAAAGAUAUCAAUAACUGGUGGAUUGUAAAGAGUGCAGAAAGCGAUGAUCUUAAAGUUAAUUUCCCGCCAGUAUUUGUUAAAAAUGGCGACAUCAUACAUCUAGUGCAUGGAACAACUGGUCGUGGAUUGAACAGCCACGAUGUAGCAGCUCCCUUGAAUCCCCAGCUUAUGGAAGUAUCUGGAUAUGUAGAUCAUAAUGUAUCCAUGGAUGGGCAGUUUGGGUGGCGUUUAGAGAUUGUCAACCCAGAUCCGAGCGGUUUGUGGAAAGCAAUCGAAUCACAGAUUCGAUUGGUGCAUGUAAACACGUCUGCCUCUUUAAGGGUGUCAGGAGAGGUUCUACCGGAAUGGGGUUUUCACCAGUUUGAGGUGGGCACAGAUAGAAUGAUUAAUACGCAAGAAUCCAUUUUCAACGUGGAGGAACACAACCAAAAUCUAACAAUACCCGAAAAUAUCACAGAGGAAGAAGCGAAAGAGAUAUUGUCGAACGGCAGUGAUAUUACUGCAAUCAACGAUUUGUCAUUUUGGGGAAAGUUCUGGGAACUACAGGUUCGAAUGUUAAAAGCUAACAGUGAGUUGGUACAAGAACAUAAUUUUGCAUCUCGUCCAACUGAAUGGCCUAUAAUGAGACGUGGUGUUGCUUACUGGAUUGAUCAAAACGAUAAUAAGCAAAUAUUUUGCAUUGGUAACCCUCUAAUAUGGUGGGUGGGCUCCAUGGCAGUGUUCUUUUACAUGUUACUAUUUUUAAUGUACCUUCUGCGAAGAAGAAGAAAAAUUCACGAUAUUACUUACGAGGAAUGGAAUUUAUAUGUUAUAAUCGGUUAUCUGUUGGUUGGUGGUUAUGUUAUCAAUUACAUUCCAUUUUUCCCGGUUGAACGAACACUUUUUGUGCAUCAUUAUUUAUCAUCGCUGUUAUUCAAGAUCAUACUUAUCCCCGUGUUAGCUGAUCAUUUCCAUAAAAUUUUAUUCGGAGAUUUUCCAUAUUUACAAAUUGCUAUGAAAUGUUGCUGCGUGUUAUACUGCGCUGCUGUUAUAUGGACAUUUAAAUAUUUCUCUCCCCUGUCUUAUGGAACAACUGCUUUGACUGGUCAAGAACUGCAGCAAAGAAAAUGGUUUUCCACGUGGGAUUUCUUGAUCCAUCCUGGUAGUUAGAUAUGAAAGUUAACGUCAAAAUAUAAAUUUAUAAUUUUACUACAUUUUAGGUAGAUAUAACUUAUUUAGAGAAGUGACUAUCGCGAUGCGUAUUAUCACGUUCUAAACCAUUGCAGUGUGUUUGUUUGUUUGUUUGUUUGUUUGUUUGUUUGUUUUUAUUAAUUGUGUGUGUGUUUAUUUGUUUGUUUUGUUUUUCUAUUGUCAUCACGAUUUCGUUCAUGAAUUCAUUAUCAUUUUAUCACUUUCUUAUUUAUUGCCCUCGCCGUGUUUCUGUUUUUUCUUCUUUUUUUUGGUUUUCGUUUCUGUGUUUGUUUGUUUGUUUGUUUGUUUUUGCCGCGAUUUCGUCUGUGAAUCAUUAGUGAUGUUUUCUCACAAUAUUGGUACCUUAUGUAAUUAUUUUUCGAGGGAACUAGUUUUCGCGAAACUGCCAAGUCCUGACAUGCAACGAAAAUUAAACUUUUUGAAAAUGAAUACUAUACUGAGCUUUUAUCGGGAAGGCGUCAACUAAUGAUAGCUGAGGUUGAAGUUCACAAUUAUUAUCUACUGAGCCCGUUGUAAAUUCCACAGCGCUGUCAUACAGUUUUUCCGAAGAGUAAUUUCAAAUAUCCUUGCCAGCCUGUUAGCAUAAAGUAAUUAAAUUAUCUUGGACGGGGGUUAUUACUAUGAUUGCAUGGCGUUUUUUAAUUUGAUUUUUCAAUUGGGACAGACAGUUAUUGUUAAAAAAACGAGAAAGAAGAAUUUGUGUGCAUUGUUUUUUAAGAAAGAAAAAAAUCUAAAUUUCGCGAGAAUUAAUUCCUCGAAUUUCGCGCAUAGCGAGUUUCCGAAAAUUAAUUCCCAUAAGGUGUACGUUACGUGUUUGUAAAUAAUUGUGGUGGAAUAUUUAUUUUUGGUCAAGUUGUCAUUUUUAAAAAAUAUGAGAUAAAGAACUGACUUUCGUUGUCAGUCAGAGAAUAUCAAAAAGAAAUAUUCUACAGAAAUAGAUAAAUAUUAAUUCAAUAUAACUUUUCGCUUUAAA